GUGCAGACCCCGAAGCGGCCUCCCCCAGCGUCGGCCUUCGGCCCUUCCAGCCAGAGCGCUCUUGGGACAAGCCGGGGAUUCCCCGCCGCCGCCCGCCCCCUGGCGUCACGGAGUCCCCGCGACAUCCCGCCGCGGCCCGGCGCCGUCCCGGGCGGGAGGAGCACGCUGCGAGGCGGGAGAACGCGGCCAUGGCUGGGCCCCGGGGCCCCGGUGCCCCCGCAGCCCGCUGGAAACGCCACAUCGUGCGGCAGUUACGGCUUCGGGACCGCACGCAAAAGGCGCUCUUCCUGGAGCUGGUGCCGGCCUAUAACCAUCUCUUAGAGAAGGCUGAGCUGCUGGACAAGUUCUCAAAGAAGCUGCAGCCGGAGCCAAACAGUGUCACUCCCGCCACCCACCAGGGCCCCUGGGAGGAGUCAGGGCCUGACUCAGACCAAGUCCAAUCACUGGCCACUCUGAAGGUGAAGUGGCAGGAGGAGGAGGAGGGGCUCCGGCUGGUCUGUGGUGAGAUGGCCUACCAGGUGGUGGAGAAGAGCGCGGCCCUGGGCGUCCUGGAGUCGGAGCUGCAGGAGCGGCGAAACAGGCUGGCGGCCCUGGAGGCCCGCGUGGUGCAGCUGCGAGAGGCGCGGGCACAGCAGGCCCAGCAGGUGGAGGAGCAGCGGGCGCAGAACGCCGCGCAGCGGGAAGCCUACGGGGCGCUUCGCGCGCAAGCCGGACUCCAGGAGGCGGCACUGCGCAGGCUCCAGGAGGACGCGCGCGACCUGCUGGAAAGGCUUGUGCAGCGCAAGGCCAGCGCCGCCGCUGAGCGCAACUUGCGCAACGAGCGCCGGGAGCGGGCCAAGCAGGCGCGGGUGUCCCAGGAGCUGAAGAAGGCUGCCAAGCGGACCGUGAGCAUCAGCGAGAGCCCGGACGCCCUAGGCGAUGUGAUGAGGGAGAGAACCGAGACUCUGGCCCUGGCCCCUGAGCCAGAGCCCCUGGAGAGUAAGGCUUGUGAGAAGUGGAAGAGGCCCUUCAGGUCUGCCUCAGCCACCUCUCUGACGCUGUCCCGCUGUGUGGAUGUGGUGAAGGGUCUUCUGGAUUUUAAGAAGAGGAGAGGUCACUCAAUUGGGGGAGCCCCUGAGCAACGAUACCAGAGCAUCCCUCUGUGUGUGGCCGCCCGACUUCCUAUCCAGGCUCAGGAUGUACUGGACGCUCACCUCUCUGAGGUCAAUGCUGUUCGUUUUGGCCCCAACAGCAGCCUCCUGGCCACUGGAGGGGCUGACCGCCUGAUCCACCUCUGGAAUGUUGUUGGAAGUCGCCUGGAGGCCAACCAGACCCUGGAGGGAGCUGGUGGCAGCAUCACCAGUGUGGACUUUGACCCCUCGGGCUACCAGGUUUUAGCAGCAACUUACAACCAGGCUGCCCAGCUCUGGAAGGUGGGGGAGGCACAGUCCAAGGAGACACUGUCUGGACACAAGGAUAAGGUGACAGCUGCCAAAUUCAAGCUAACGAGGCACCAGGCAGUGACUGGGAGCCGUGACCGGACAGUGAAGGAGUGGGACCUCGGCCGCGCCUACUGCUCCAGGACCAUCAAUGUCCUUUCCUACUGUAACGACGUGGUGUGUGGGGACCAUAUCAUCAUUAGUGGCCACAAUGACCAGAAGAUCCGGUUCUGGGACAGCAGGGGGCCCCACUGCACCCAGGUCAUCCCUGUGCAGGGCCGGGUCACCUCCUUGAGCCUCAGCCAUGACCAGCUACACCUGCUCAGCUGUUCCCGAGACGACACACUCAAGGUCAUCGACCUGCGUGUCAGCAACAUCCGCCAGGUGUUCAGGGCCGAUGGCUUCAAGUGUGGCUCUGACUGGACCAAAGCUGUGUUCAGCCCGGACAGAAGCUAUGCACUGGCAGGCUCCUGCGAUGGGGCCCUUUACAUCUGGGAUGUGGACACUGGGAAACUGGAGAGCAGACUUCAGGGACCCCAUUGCAUUCAUGGUACAAAGACCUUUGGGCUAGUGGACUCUGGAAGAUCCAGGCUUGGCCCCCUUCCUCUUUCCAUAAAGAGCUGGGGCAGCUAGCCCAGCCUCUGCCUGGGGAGACACGUGCUGCUGAAGUCUAACCACGGAAACAGUAGGAAGAAAGGCCCAGAGGCGGCAAAGAGCCAUGGAUGUGACUCUUGGUUCGGCCUGGUCCUGAAGCCAAAGCAACAUGUUGGGCCUACCUGCUUCAGGGACUCAGGAUAGACCGAAGCUGAGGAGGGGCUUUGAGAGCUCUGAGGAGGGAGCAGGGAGGCAGCCCAGAGGGGUCCUGGGGGGAAGAUCCUAAAAACCCAGGUACUGGUAUCCAAGUCCUUGGUACACAGGGCUUCCCUUAGACUGGAUCUCCGUUCUUCCUCCAGACAUAGAGUCCAGGGUGGGGCAGAGCAGGGUCUCUGUGUGUCUGUGCCUGGGGGAGGGCAUCUGUGAGCCAGACCUGGGCCUGGGGCUUUGCUUACAAGGCAGAGCCCACACGCAGAGUUGGGGCAAACCAACUUUCUUCACCAACCUAGGGCUGGCCACAGGCCUGUGGAGACAGUGUUGGUUAAAUAGCAACACCUAUACUCCGCUGACUCCCUACUCCUGGCCCAGCUGCCUCCUGGCCAUCAUCUCCCAUGCAAGUGACCUGUUCCUCCUGCACCCUAUCCCUGGGACCUUGUGCUACUAGAUCUAGCACCCCUCCAUCCCUCCUGCCACUGUGGGCCACCUUCUAGACCUGCAGCCUUCCCAUCCAACCCUUUCCUUUACUAUGGCCAGAGCGACUUUUUGUUGCUUUUGAGACACAAAAAAGCUCACUGCAGCCUCAAACUCUUACAGCCCCAAACCCCUGGGUUUAAGCAGUCCUCCCACCUGAUCCUCCCAAAGGGCUGGGGUUACAGGUGCACACCACCACGCUAGGCUCAAGAGUGACAUUCUAGGGUGUUGCAAUCACAAGUCCAAUCCUUUGGAGUUCCCCUGCCGCCUUCAGAGACCACCCCCAACCCCAACGUGAAACUUGGAGCCCUUUGGAUGUGACUCUGCUGGCUUCUCAGCUGCAUAUUCACUUCCUUGCUAUUCACUCAUUCAUUACUCAUUUAGAGAUGAGGUCUCACCAUGUUGCCUAGGCUGGUCUCACCCCUGUGCUCAAGUAAUCCUCCUGCCUUAGCUUCCUGAGUAGCUGGGCCUACAGGUGCUUGCCACCAUGCCUAUUUCCUUGCUAUUGUGAGUGCAUCUCAGACAUACUUUUCUGUCUUCCCAGAAUGUUCUCCUUCCCUCUCAGCCCCAAAUUCAAAUUUUUCUUUCAGGAUCCCCCUUCCCUCGCCUGCCAGGCUGGGUAAAGGCCGCCUCUGUCCCUGAGCUCCUUUUGUGUCUGCUUCCCUCCAUUUUAAGACAAGAAACUCUUGGGAGAGGCCAGGAUGGGAACAGAUACCCUGGGAUCAGGCCUGGCACAGAGAACGCCUCAGGGAAUGUUUAUUAAGUGGUUAAAUUCUGUUAUUCAGGCCAGACGCAGUGGCUGUUGCCUGUAAUCACAGCACUUUGGGAGGCUGAGGAGGAUGAAUCACCUGAAGUCAAGAGUUCGAGACCAACC